AUGGAAAAAGUUAUUAGAGAGAUUGGAGGUUCUAGAGGCGUAGGCCUUAAGUUUAAAGACGAAGAUGGAUACACGUACUGGAAAAAUCGCCAAUGUCGAUUGCACUUUACAGUUCGUUGUGCAUCCUGGAGAGCUGGUUGUCGUGCAAAAGGCAGAGUGUUAAACAAUGACAAAACUAAGGUUAUUCUUAUUAUAUGCCAUGAGACACAUCCUGAAGAUCAAUUGGCACUGCAUAAUUUCAAAAAUAUCUGUAACCAACGGGCACAGACUGAAAAUAUACCUCUUCGGGUCAUUUACAAUGAAACAUGCACUUCAGCAGAAUUUAUAAAUGUUCACGUUGGUGCAUUUGUGUCACAUCGAAGGACGAUGCGGAGGCAUAGACGUCAGACCCAGCCAGUAAGUCCUAGGUCGAUGACUGAGUUCCAUGGUCAACUCAGUGGAGAUUAUACACACUUGACUAAACUUGAUAAUGCAACUUUGUAUAAUGGCCUAAUCGGUAACACGCCACAGGAAGGAGUUAUUUUACUAUUUAUUUUACCUGAAGUCAUAAACAUACUUAGAACGGGUACGACAUUUUUGUUUGAUGGCACAUUUGCAAGUGCACCAUCAUUUGGAAAUGAGUGCCAACAGUUGUAUGUAAUAAUGGGCAUAACAUUUAACACUGGGUUUCCAAUUGGGUUUGCAUUAAUGUCAAGGAAAACAGAAUGUGCAUACUCAGCACUGUUCAACAAAAUCCUGACUUUAGUGCCGGAAUGGAAACCACAAACCAUUAUCAUUGAUUUUGAAAGGGCAGCAAUAGCGUCCAUUAAAUCAAUAUUUCCUAACACAGUAAUACGAGGUUGUUGGUUUCAUUCUUCGCAAGCUGUAUGGAGAAAAGUUGGAAAUAUUGGAUUGACAGAAUUAUGCACAGAUAAUAGAGCGGCGUAUGAUAUUGUCCAUUUGUUGAUGACAUUGCCUCUUCUGCCACAAAACUUAAUCAUGGAGGGUUUUGAAAGCAUUAAACGUAUGUACCGUGAAAAUGAGCUGUUAAGUUUAGGCGACAAUGGAGGACAAUUUAAUCAACUUUUUGAUUAUUAUCGGUCGACAUGGCUACAAGGAGUUAAUGCAGAUAUGUUAUCGGUGAAUGACACAGUUUGGCGCACCAAUAAUGUACUGGAAGUCAGUCAUCAACACUUACUUUUGCAUAUGGGAAACAGACACCACCCAGAACCGUGGAUAUUUCUGAAAGGACUAAUUACAUACUCAAGAGGUAUACUAAUAGACUAUACUGCGGUAACUGAUGGUGAACAAAUAAGAGAGCCGCAACGGCAGGUAUGGAUAGACAACCAAAGGCGUCUAGAUUUGGCAAUGAGACUGCUAAAUGAAGGGCGGUAUUCUAUAUUGGAGUUUCUUGUCUGUUCACGACAUGCAACAGCAAAUUUUGGUGUCUUACGACCUCAACCACUUCAAAUUCAACCAGUGAAUGACCCACAACCUCAACCACUUCAUAUAGAACCUGCGAUUAAUGUACCACGUCCUCCAUCUCCAAUUUUGUUUGAGUUACCGCCUCAUCCAUCACGGGAAGAAAUUCUUGCAAGAUUAUUGCCUGCGCGGAUACGACAACCUGUUCCUGCAAAUCUUUUUGAUGUAUCAUCUGAUUCCGAUGAUAAUGAUGAAAAUGUUAUAGCUGUUAUACCACGGGCUAACCAAAUUGAAAACGAAGACUUUAAUAUUUUAGAAAACUCUGAUUCAAACGAUGAGGAAAAUGUGAUGGCUAGGUCACAGGCUAUUAGACCACAUACAAAUUGGAUCCAUGGUGAAGAUCUGACUAGUAAUUAUUUAUAA